AUGGCGGCUUCCGGCGCGGCUGUUAGACUGGAUCUGGAUGGGCGACCGAUCCAGCCCUUGACAAUCUGCAUGAUUGGGGCCGGGGGUUUCAUCGGCUCUCACCUCUGCGAGAAGCUCAUGUUUGAGACCCAGCACUCCGUGCUGGCUGUCGACGUCUACGACGAUAAGAUCCGUCAUCUGCUAGAGCCGGAGAACGGCCACCCAUGGUCCUCCCGCAUCCAGUUCCACCGCCUCAACAUCAAGCACGACUCCCGCCUCGAGGGCCUCAUCAAGAUGUCGGAUCUGGUUAGUAUGGCCAUCCCUCAGACGACGGCCUUUUCUCUCCUUUAUCAUUCCUUCCUACAAACGCCCCCUUCUUGAACACUUACAAGAUUCCUUUAAAGGCAGUUAAGAUCCAGAUCUCGACCUCCAACCCCUCUCAGUUCUUGAUUUCUGUUUAUUGACUAAUGGGAUUGGUUAUCUCGUCUGCUCUCUCAGGUCAUCAACUUGGCCGCGAUCUGCACCCCGGCGGACUACAACACUCGCCCGCUCGACACCAUAUAUAGCAACUUCAUCGAUGCACUCCCGGUGGUACGAUCUCAAUCUUCUCGUGGAUUUGCGCUCCCUCUCAUUGUUGUCUCAAGCAGAGAUCAUGCAGGUCAAAUACUGCUCCGAGAGCAACAAGCGCCUCAUCCAUUUCUCCACAUGUGAGGUUUACGGGAAAACGAUCGGCUGCUUCCUUCCCAAGGAUCAUCCCCUGAAAAAUGUAUACCCUCUAUCCCCCUAAGGUCUGCUUUUGACAGUGUUCCCCAGACGAGAAGUGCUUGGUUUAUUUUUUACGAAAAUCAGCUUGGGAUUUGUUAGAUGAGUAGACAUAUGUACUAACACAUUUAGGAGAUGGAUCUCUUGUUGCAUUUGAUGACGGGCUACUCUUUUUUAAAAUUUAGAUUCGAUUUGAUUCCAGUAUUCCUUAUUCACGCACCAAACUCUUUAUGUGCUUGUAUUCUGACAACGCGCGCUUGUGAACUUUUUCUCUGUUAAUGCACGUCUGUGAUUUUCUGGUUUGUUAUUCUCUAUGGUGCGUAUUUGGCUUUCUGGUUCGAGUCUUCGUGCUUUUGUAGCAUGUUCCGCAAACAGAUUGUGCGAAAAAUUAGUGGGGAGAUCCAUCCAAAAUGAAGACUGAUAAAUCCACAUGAACACAAUCCUCAGAAAAAAAUAGAUCUGCAAGAUUUACAUUGUUUUAUGUUGCCAUGCUAUGUCAUGCUCUGCUACCCUCACUGCAAUUGCUUCUUUUCCAUUCGGCCUACUAUUUCUCGCUACAAUACGGUCAAUGUCCGACGAUAUGAUUUUUACGACUGCCUCUGUUCCAACUCUGAGUUCUAGAGAUGGGCUGAUCCAUCGUGUUCCAGUUGGUAACACAACCCAGUUGGAGGGCCACCUGCCAUAUUUUCUGGGCAGUGUUAUUUGUAUAAGUCGGGCAUUGACUAUGAUUUACCGAGGUUAAUGGACAGUAAAAUCAAGUUACUUCGUAUUGAUCUUCCUGUUUGGUCAUCAUCAUGUCCCAACUCUUGGGAUAAAGACAUUCUGAAGGAGAUCCCUGCCACACACUAUAAGUGUUGGCAGGUAAAUUUAGGAACGGCAUAUUAAAUGGUAGAAGGAAAAAAGACGUAUUUAUUUAGCAUACUACUACUCACCAUAAUUUCCUGUGAUUUACAGGAGCCUGAGUUCUAUAUGCUUAAAGAAAACGAAACGCCCUGCAUUUUUGGCUCAAUUGAUAAACAAAGGUGGUCCUAUGCAUGUGCCAAGCAACUAAUUGAGAGGCUCAUAUAUGGUAAGUAGAUUGGAAUAUUGGGUAUCUGUAACUUCUGUCAUUCUUUUGAACUAUUCUCUGACAGAUCUGUUCACCUGUAUUCUCUCUAGCUGAGGGCGCAGAAAAUGGCCUUCAGUUCUCCAUUGUUAGACCUUUCAAUUGGAUUGGACCGAGGAUGGACUUCAUUCCUGGCAUCGAUGGCCCAAGUGAGGGUGUUCCGAGAGUCUUGGCCUGCUUCAGCAAUGUAAGACUCAGUCCAUGGGACACAUUUUAGAUUCUGAUGUAUGAACUUGUCUGAUGCCCACUAAACUAUUGUGCUUCCAGAACCUUCUUCGCCACGAACCUUUGAAGCUUGUGGAUGGUGGUCUUUCCCAGAGGACCUUUGUUUAUAUCAAGGACGCAAUUGAAGCUGUCCACUUGAUGAUUGUAUGUGAAAGUUUUCCUCAUUUGUUUAUUUAUUUUCUGUCUUUAAUGCCUUUCGGACGAUAAGAGCUUUUUAAAUACCAGGAAAACCCGGAGCGAGCCAAUGGUCACAUUUUCAACGUUGGGAAUCCCAACAAUGAGGUCACUGUAAGGCAACUGGCUGAAAUGAUGACAAAGGUAUAGUAGCAGGUGCAACUUAAAAUAUCUUGUCGAGUAUUUUUCCUCUUGCAGUUCUGAUGUCUGCGGUGCACUAUUGUCGAGCAGAUUUACGCCAAGGUCAGUGGAGAGCCCUCACUCGAGGUUCCCACUGUUGACGUGACCUCCCAGGAAUUCUACGGGGAAGGCUACGAUGACAGCGAUAAGCGAAUUCCUGACAUGACCAUCAUCAACGAGCAGCUCGGUAUGGCCUCACUCCGACAGUUUUUGGCAAGCAAACUCUUUGCGGUUUGCAGUCAAUACCGUGCUUGAUGCUUUGGAGUUGAUGGUGCCGCCUCUAAUCUGCGAUGGUGCUCUGCCGUCCGUGAUAUUUCUAGGUUGGAACCCGAAGACAUCACUCUGGGAUUUGCUUGAGUCAACUCUGACGUACCAGCAUAAGACGUAUGCUGAAGCCAUCAAACGGGCCACGGCAAAACCCGCUGCAACCAGCUAG